UCGACCAAUAGGAGACGGAGAAGGCGCGAGGGUUAAAUUCGACCAAUGGCGUUACGUCUUCUUCGUUUUAGAAAGAUCAGCUCUAGCGAUGCCAGACGAUCGAAAGGAAAGAAAUUACAAAUGUCGGUCGAUUACUUUAUAUAAUUAAAUAUUAUAAAAUUAUAAUAUUUCAUAUAUAUAAAUAACACAUAAUUUCUUGAUAAAUAAGACACGUAAUGAAGUUAGUCGAUCACGUCGUACAGAGUUUCCGCGUGGCUAAAGUAUUCCGUGAGAACACCGAUCGCAUCAACAGCAUCGACUUCUCUCCUAAUGGCGAUACGCUCAUAUCAAGUAGCGACGACGACUCUAUUGUCAUUUACGACUGCGAAAAAGGAACCCAUAAAAGAACUUUAAAUUCCAAGAAAUAUGGAGUUGAUUUGAUCCAUUAUACUCAUGCUACAAAUACAGCAAUACAUAGUUCAACAAAAGUAGACGGUAAGUAAAAUAUUUUAAAUUGGAUAUAAUUAAUUCUUAGAACUGUGAUGACAAAUUAGUAGGGCAACGUCCUUAUAUAUUGAUGUGGGAUUGAAUUCCUGUUAAAAUACGCAUUUAUUAUUCUGUUAUGACAAAAUAUUAAAUUGUAAUUAAAAGAAAUUAUUAUUU